AUGUUCGAUAUUGCGUUGUGUUGUGGGACAGAGGCUGUUUUGUUUGGAGCGUUAUCUUCCGGCAUGGGGUUGGCCAUGAUCUCAUCGUCAUCAUCAAACAAUGGUUCUAUUGGUUCAAUUUCGGGGUUAGACCUGAACAUAAAUCAGAAAAGAAACCAGCAUGCACCCCAUCAGGAUGCCAAGAGCAAACCACCCAACCCAUCAACAACAACUGCCUCAUCAUCAUCCACAACCAGCACCACCACCACCACAACCACCUCAGCUGCCAAAGGUACCACCACACAAGUGGACCUAGACGGACUAAUGAAAAUAGCCAAGGAACUGAAAGCCAAGCAGCAAGACAACAAAAGGGCAGCUCAGAAAAGCUCCCCCACCAGCACCUCAUCAACCACCACCACCAAGAGUGCCUACAUCCCCAAAGAGCUCAUAGACAACCUGGUCAACAACAAACUCAGUUCCAGUCUCUUGGACAAUCUCAUAGACUCAGCAAAGGAAGCCCUGAAGGCCGGACAAGUGGAACACGCCUUGCGAGACGUUGCCAACUCGGAUUUCGAGGUGUCCCCUAAAGCCAAAAAUACUAAACCCAGCAGCAGCAGCAAGAACACCGCCGUGUUUCAGCCCAUCCAAAAGAUAAUCUAUGAAAUGCAAGACGCCAUCAAUGCUCACAAUGAACCACCUGUUGACCAGAUUCGGUACUUUGCUCCACCACUGCCCUAUAUUGGCAGCAGCCAGGAACAAUUGGGCACUGAUUACCCUUACCAGGGGCUCGACCAGUUGAACGCUGUCAAACCCAGAGACACACGAUUUGUAAACAGGCACAGCAGUGAAGAGUAUGAGGACCCCAAAGAUUACGUUCCAGGUGGACACCAGCAGCCACCAAGCUAUGAUGAAGUUCCAAGGGUACCAGAGGAGUAUGUCCCUCCUCCUCCUCCUCCUCCUCCUCCUCCUCCACCUCCUCCCCAGGAGGCUCCUCCCGCUGACUAUGAUUCUCCUCCAGUUUACCCUCCACCACCACCACCACCAGCGCCACCUGGACCACUUGGGGGUGGGCCAGAUGACUAUCCUGAGCCGCUUCCAGGGCCACCUGAACCAGCGGGCAAACCACCUUACCCAAGUGAUGAUGAGGACCAUUCUGCAGAAAUGAGAAGGAAAUAUCACAUGCAGAGGCCCCGGCGUCCGAAUAAGCCGCAUAAGAAACCAAGCUCGGGAAAAAUCGAUUUCAAGAAGGACAGUCUACCAGACAUUGCCAAAUACGCCGUGAACAAAAUGGCGACGAAGCAAAGACGCAAACUCGUGGGAUUCGUCGGCAGAACCAGAGGCCCGUCAUCCAGCAAAAAAUUGGCAGAGCUCAUGUCAUCCAUGAUGGCGGGCCCCGAAAGGUACAGGCAUAAUAAUGACGAUAAUCAUCAUGAAACUACGGCACGGGAUCGCGUUGGAUCGGGCAGAGACGACCUCAGGGAAACGGAAAACCGGUGGAAUAAGUACCGAAGUCAGUCCUACAACCGGAAACAAAAGUCCAGGACUAAUAAGGACAGGCUGACGAACAAAAGACCAACAGGAAGAAUGGAAUCUGCUGGUCAUCACAGCAGCAAUAAUAAUAACAUGGAUGGUGGUGGUCGUGAAUAUCCGAAUCAUUAUCGAGAGGAUGAUGCCAGAGGACCUCCGGACCACAAUCACGAAAUGCCCGAAAGAAUGGACUAUGAAAAUCUUCGGUCCAAUUCAGAUUUCAGUCAUUCAGGCGGGAAUAAUAAUAAAGGGAGACCACGUGGACCUGGACCCACUGGAUACCGUGGAGACGACUACGGAAGACGAUCGUCUUCGUAGUUUUCAGGAACUGACCAGAAUCUGCAACCUUUCCGCUUUGGAAAUAUAAAAAAAUAAAUAUUUCAAGACAUGCGAAGAUGAAAAAAUAAAUUUUUCUUGAAACAAAAAUCUAAAAUCCUGGAAUAAUCGUGGACCUACAGGACAAAUUGGCGAUUUUAUUUCAAGCACACGCAAAAGUUCUGCCAAGUUUUCAGGAACCAAGGAUUCUGCCGACCUCAUCUACUUUUUUGAAAUAUCAAAAUAUUUUGCGACAUUAAAAAUUGAGUAAAAAUAAUUUGUUUCGAGUUGGAAAAGCUGAAAACCUGCAGCCUAAGAG